GAUUCCUCCAACCAAUCGACCCCUCUUCAUCGCGUCUUUUCAACGCGUCUUGAACAUAAAAGACAGCCCUGUGUUCUCUGACUCUUUGUCGUCAGGGCAACGCUUCUGUCUCCUUUCAUCUGGUAACGGAGGCUCGGACAUCAUGGCCGACCAUCAGCCAACACAAGCACCUCCAGUCGAGGGGAAUAGCAACUCUGGUCCAGCCCUCCAAACCAACAACGUCCCCUCCGCUAGACCCCCAACAGAUGGCACCGAAUAUAGAAUAUAGUCAGGCCGACGAUGGGUCCGAUCGAGACAGCGUAACAAGUGAGCUGAGCACGCAGGACUAUACGGUCAGCCUCAAGGAUGAUCUACUCAAGGCUCUCGAUAAUGUCAAAGUCGCCGGUUCCUUUGCUUCUUUCCGCAAGCUCCAACAUAGACCUCCUGCCGGUCUUCACGUCGAUGGCGUUGGCGACAUCUCUAUGCCUCUUGGCGAGACCCAAGCCCGCCAGUUAAUUGCAAAAGCACGCCAGGCUCCCUACGGCAGGGGAAGCGAGACCAUCGUCGAUACAAGCGUUCGAAAUACCUGGGAACUCGAUGCAGCCCAGUUCACCUUCAACAACCAAAGGUGGCCGGGCUAUAUCCAGUCUGUGUGUGCCAAAGUGGCCGCCGACCUAGGCAUCAAGUCGCCUAUCCGGGCAGAGAUAUACAAGAUGCUCAUCUAUGAGCGCGGUGCCAUGUUCAAAAGCCAUACCGAUACCGAGAAAAUCCCCGGCCAGUUCGGCACCCUUGUCAUCGCUCUCCCCUCUGCCCACAAAGGCGGAGACGUGGUGGUCAAACAUUGCGGCGAGACAAAAACAUUCAAGACCUCGGAAUAUAGGCAGUCCUUUAUCUGCUGGUACUCUGAUGUACACCACAAGGUGUGCCCUGUCGAAUCCGGAUAUCGAUGGGUAUUGACCUACAACCUCGCUCUGAAUCCGAAUGCCGUUCGCCCUUCAGCCGGUCUUGUACGCUCCGAGACCAAGGCUCUCCGCCACACCCUGCGCAAAUGGCUCCAGGAACCCGAAGAGUCGCGGCAGAAUGGCCUUUAUUAUGUCCUGGACCACGACUACACCGAAGCAAGCAUCAACCUGAACAGCCUAAAGACGCGUGACUUGGCACUUGGCCAGGUCCUGAACAACGUGUCCAAAGAACUCGACUUUGAAGUCUUCUUUGCUCUUCUAGAAAAGGAAGAGUUUGGAGAGACUGAGAUAGACCAUGAUGAAUAUGACAGGGGCUCUCGGUAUCGCGGGUGGGGUGAAGACAGUGAGGAGGAGGAGGAGGAGGAGGAAUCCUACCAUCAUCUGGAAGAGAUUCUUGAUGUCAAAUACCAGGUCAAGACAGUUCGAGACAUGCAUGGUAGGCCAGUUGUCGACGGUCUAGCACUCUACGCAGAGAAGGACAUCCUUCAAAACGGCGAGGAUGCGUACGACGAUGUGUUCAGCGGUGUUGAACCCGAGGAGGAGUACGAGGGCUACAUGGGCAACUUUGGUCCGAGCGCGACACAUUGGUACCGAAUCACUGCUCUCCUCCUUGUCCCAUCCGCCUCGAUUUUCGAAUUCUUCAGCAGUAAUGCCCAAAGCCUUUUUUCAAGUAACAAUCUCCGAUCCUUGAUCAGUUAUUGUGCCAGGUCAAGCAUGCGCUAUAUGGAGUCGGAUGAACACCGUGCAACGCUCUCGUUUCGGGCCGUGACGAAACUCUGCGGAAGCUUUUGGUAUCCAUCCAAUGAACGCCUCGGACAUAGGUCGAAACCAAAAGCAAUCGAUGGGAACGACCUUGUGAAUAUUCUCACGGCUGCACUUGAGCUGGGAGAAUAUGAUUUCUUCGAGGAGGCCUGUAUGAUGCACGGAGAUGUACUUCCGACUUCUUUUUUCACAUGGGCCAAGCAGUGGCUCAAGGAGUCAACAUCGGAUUCGGACUUCGACGACAUCAUGGAACAAGGGUUGACUUACGUUGUCGAGGCAUAUCCCUUUCUGCCUGAGCAGUUAGCAGCCCUUACGAACCUCACCCCGAAGCCCGAAGAGGCGGGCUGGUCCGCCAGCCUACGUGAUAAAAUAUCCACGUGGGCGCACGACAAGCUCAAGAAUUGCCUCGAAGACUCUUUCAAGGAGCAGGAACUCGGUAGUGACGACGGGAAAACCAUGAUCGAAAUGGCUUUAAUCGCUCCGGAUCCAUCGCGCUUCCUCACUGCUAGCGUAGUUCUAAUGCUGGAUCCAGCGCGUCAUUCAAUAGCCUCCUUCAUCGCUUUUUUGGCCCGGCUGUGGAAGGAAGGCUCAACCGGCGCCAUUUCUCGUGACGAUUGCAAUGCCAUUUACAGGACUAUAGCCAAGCGGUUUCUUGCCUCAGCAGACUUCUCCAAGGCAACAUCCGAAGUCAAGAUCAGCACCCCAGACGACGACUUGGCCACAAAAUUCAUAACCAAGCUGAACGACGCUGUCCCCCGUCUACCCGUCGACCACAUGCACGAACUCUGGCUUCCCUUCCUCUGUUAUCUCAUUCCGGUCCUGACCGCCAACGCCAUCCUUCUCACCACCCCCGUGUACCAAUUCCUCUACCGCUCCACGCUCACUCGCUACAUCAAGAAAUUCGUCGGCAAGCAGCCCGUCCAGUCCACCUCACUGGUCCGCCCGCGUGUCAACUGCUCCUCCCCCUUCUGCAUCGACUGCAAUGACCUCAACGACUUCCUAGAAAGCCCCACCGAGCGCGUCAACCGCUUCAAAGUCAACAAAGAACGCCGGCACCAUCUGCACCAGAUGCUCGACCACCACAACAUCGACUGCACGCACGUGUCUGAAUGCAACUCGACCCCGUACACGUUGGUGGUGACCAAGACGUUUAAGCAGCAGGAGCAGUUGAUGAAGGAGUGGAAAGAGAGGAAGGGGUACGCGGAGAAGAGGUUCCGGGACUUUCAGACGCACUCGCCGCUUACGCCGGAGUUGAGGGUCUUGUUGGGUGACCAGUUUGAUAGGAUCAUGGGCAUGGAGGAUACAUACCCCAACUCCGCGGUAGCCAGACGCACAGCACCGGCACCGGGACCGGCAUCAAGACCUUUGGCGUCUGCAUCGGGGCAUGUCACGGGUAGAUCUAGAGCGGGUGCUUCUGGGUCGAGUCGCUACACGCCCGCUCCUGUGGCAGGUGUGAGGAGAUCUCGGAGCAUAAGGUUCGGGGACGGGGUGGAGAUUAUUGACCUGACAGAUGAUUGA